AUGGCCGCAGUGAAUACGUGGUCAACUCUUACGCGAGCGUUAGAAUCUCAAUUUGGGCCUUCUCCCUUUGAUUGCCCUAUGGCCGAAUUGUUCAAAUUGCAACAAGAUGGUUCGAUGUCUGAUUUUUACAUGAAGUUUAUGUCAUUGGCCAAUCGUUCUGUUGGUCUCAUUGAUGAAGCCUUGCUAAAUUGCUUUCUCAGCGGGUUACAUGUAGAAAUUAAGCGUGAUGUGCUUUCCUUGUCUCCUCCUACAUUGUUGCGAGUUGUAGCUCUUGCUAAAUUGUUCAAAGAAAGAUAUAUUCCAGUGCCUAAAACCAGUAAUACCACAUAUACUACAAGGUACUCUCGUAUCUCUACAGUUGGGCCGAAUUCCACAGGGCAAACCAAGUCUCUGUCCCAGGCAUCCUUACCUCCUCUGUUACCUACACCCACUGGACCUCCACUUAGACAAUCAGGGGUUAAGAAAAUCAGUCCUGCUGAAAUGCAAUUAAGGAGAGACAAAGGACUAUGCUAUUUUUGUGAUGAUAAGUUUACUUUUAAUCAUAAAUGUCUGAAUCGUCAAUUCCUGUUGUUGCAAUUAGAUGUUGAUGAGGGCGAGGAAUUUGUGUCAUGUGAAUCUCAACCCGUUAUAAAAAUUGAGGGUGUUGAGGUGGACAAUCAUCAUUUAUCCUUAAAUGCUUUGAAAGGACGAAUGAGAGUUGGCACAAUACAUUUCAUGGCUUAUAUCAACACACUACCAGUUUCAGUCCUUAUUGAUGGGGGCAGUUCCGACAAUUUCUUACAACCUCGAAUAGCUAAAUUUUUGAAAUUACCAGUGGAGCCUGCACCUUUCUUUAAGGUAAUGGUUGGUAAUGGGAAUUAUAUGACUGCGGAAGGGAUUAUUAGAGAUCUUAAAGUACAAGCUCAAGGGAACAUAUUUCAUCUUCCAGUAUUCUUGUUGCCAAUUUCGGGUGCUGAUUUAAUCUUAGGCGCUAGUUGGUUAAAGACCAUUGGACCUCGUAUAGCUGAUUAUGGUGCCUUACAUUUGAAGUUUAUGUGGAAUGGUCACUUUACUACCUUACGCGGAGAGCCUCUUGUUUCACCUGAAUGUGCCCAACUUAAUCAUAUUCGAAGAAUGAUUAACACCAAAUCUAUUGUAGAGGUGUAUAGUAUGCAGUUAAUCAAUGAUUCCCCUCAGUCUGGUAAUAUUUUUGACCUUCCUGAUUCUAUGGACCCCGAGUUAGUGGCUCUCUUAAAUAAGUAUCAUGUGGUUUUUGAGCCCCCUACUGCACUUCCUCCUUCUCGAUCUCAUGACCAUUCUAUUCCUUUAAUUGAGGGGUCGUUACCAGUGAAAGUUAAACCUUAUAGAUACCCACAUAGCCAAAAGGAGGAAAUUGAAAAAUUGGUGAGAGGAUUAUUGGAGGACGGUCUUGUUUGUCCUAGUAAGAGCCCUUUUUCUUCCCCAAUCAUUUUAGUAAAAAAAAAAGACGGUUCAUGGAGAGUCUGUACCGAUUACAGGGCUUUGAAUGCAAUUACGAUUAAAGAUACUUUUCCAAUUCCGACUGUGGAUGAAUUACUUGAUGAAGUACAUGGAGCUUCCUUCUUUUCCAAAUUGGAUUUAAGAUCUGGCUACCACCAGAUUUUACUCAAUCCUGAGGAUCGAUUUAAAACGACAUUUCACACACAUUUUGGACAUUAUGAGUGGUUGGUCAUGCCAUUUGGCUUAACCAAUGCCCCAGCGACGUUUCAGAGCCUUAUGAAUGACAUCUUUGCGGGUUUCUUAAGAAAGUUCGUCUUAGUUUUCUUUGAUGAUAUAUUGAUUUAUAGUGCUACACGGGAUGAUCAUCUUACACACUUAUAG